UUGAGUUCACAGCUGGGACGUCUAGCGGUCCUUUCAUCAACAGUAAAGGCUCUGUGGCUCGGCGCUCUGCCCGACAUCUUCUAUCCUCUCUCCUGCUUUCUGUCGUGUCUCCUCUCCUGAACAGCUGGCCAAGGGGCUGAUUGUGUGCUUGCUGCGGAGGAAAGAGCGAGCAGACUCCACUUACUCUAGCCAAACAGAGGAGAGUUUACCCAGGAAGCAUUCUCCACUCUCUGGCAACUGGAUGGGAAGACGGAGACUCUUUGACCUUGGAAAAUGAAGAUGUUGUUGCCAUGGGAACUGUUAAUCCUUCUGUCACUCAAAGAGUGCCUGGCUGAGAAUACACGCCAUGGUCCUGUCUUCACCCAGGAGCCUAGUGACAGUAUUUUCCCACUGAGCACUGAUGAUAAGCAGGUGUUUAUUAAUUGCAAAGCAAAGGGAAACCCAACUCCGCAUUAUAGGUGGAAAGUGGAUGGGAGAGAAAUAAACACAGAGUCAGAUCCAAACUACAGCCUUGUAGAGGGGAACCUGUUGAUCAAUAACCCUCAUGUCAUCAAUCAUGGGGGAGUGUAUCAGUGCAUCGCCACUAACUCAUUUGGGACCGUUGUGAGCAGGGAAGCAAAAGUCCAGUUUGCUUUUCUCCAGAACUUCAGCAAGAAGUCAAGGAACACGGUGUCGGUGAGAGAGGGUCAAGCUGUGGUUCUGCUCUGCGGCCCUCCACCCCAUUACGGAGAGAUAAAAUAUUCAUGGGUAUUCAAUGGACAGCGCACUUUCCUGCAACAGGAUGUCCGUCGUUUUAUCUCUCAGCGGACGGGAAACUUGUACAUAGCCAAAGUUGAAGCCUCAGACGCAGGGAACUAUACAUGCGCGGUGAGAAACAUGAUGACCAAUGCGACAGUGUUCAGCUCUCCAACCCCUGUGGUGGUGCGGAGGGACGCAGUGAUGGGUGAAUACGAGCCAAAGAUUGAGGUUCAGUUCCCUGACACACUUCAUGUUUCUAAAGGAUCAUCAGUGAGGCUGGAAUGCUUUGCCUUAGGAAACCCUGUGCCUUCAAUCUCAUGGAGAAGAGCUGAUGGAAACCCACUCCCUGGCAAGAUUAAAAUCAACCACUCCAGUGGGGUUCUGGAAAUUCCAUAUUUUCGCCCGGAGGAUGCUGGUGUGUACGAGUGUGUAGCCGAAAACAGCAAAGGACGAAAUAUUGCCAGAGGGCAACUUUUAUUCCACAAUGUUGAACAUCUGCACUGGCUCCAGACACUGAAAGAUGCUCACAUGGCAAUUGAUGCUAAUCUGCAGUGGGAAUGUAAGGCCAUCGGUAAACCUAGGCCUACAUACAGAUGGUUUAAGAACGGUCAGCUACUACUAGCAGAGGGGAGGAUCCAUGUGGACACUGGUAGACUGACAAUAUCCAGGAUUAGUCCGUCAGACUCUGGGAUGUAUCAGUGUGUGGCAGAGAACGAACAUGGAGCCGUCUAUGCCAGUGCUGAGCUCAAGGUUGUAGCCUCCCCACCUGACUUCACCUGGCGCCCUGUGAAGAAGUCCACAGUCAUCCAGAGGGGGGGUGAGGUGGUUUUAGAGUGUCGCCCCCACGCUUCCCCUAGAGCCACAAUCUCCUGGUGGAGAGGGGGCGAACUCCUGAAGGACAGCAAGAGACAGACUAUCAUGGAGGAUGGGACUCUGCGUAUCACCAACAUCAGCAAAUCUGACGGAGGCAGGUAUACAUGUGUGGCCAGAAACCAUUUUGGAACAUCUAGCAGCUCAGGAACGCUGAUGGUGAAAGAGCCCACGAAGAUCAUUGUUCCACCCUUGAGUUUGGACGCCACCGUGGGACAGAGCCUUGUGUUGCCGUGCGAGGUGUCCAGUGAUUCUACUCUGAGCCCCAUCUUCAAGUGGUUUUUCAAUGGCAAAGCAAUUGAUUUCAGCAGGCAGGAGCACUUUGCGAUGAUUGGAGGGGGAUUUGCAGGUGACCUGAUGGUGAGGAACAUUCAGCUGAAGCAUUCUGGGAAGUAUGUGUGUAUGGUACAUACUGAAGUUGACACCGUCUCAGCAGCAGCAGACUUAAUUGUCAGAGGACCUCCCGGUGCCCCGGAGGGCCUGGUGGUGACUGACAUUACUGACACCACCGCACAACUGUCCUGGGGAUCUGGAUCCGACAACCACAGUCCCGUUACCAUGUACAUGGUGCAGGCCAGGACCCCUUUCUCUAUAGGCUGGCAGAGUGUGAGAACAGUUCCUGAUUCUGUGCCUGGACAGAUGAUGCAUGCAACAGUGAAAGAUUUGAACCCCUGGGUGGAUUAUGAAUUCAGGGUGGUGGCAAUCAACAGUGUUGGUGUUGGAGAGCCCAGCACACCAUCAAAACAGAUUCGAACCAAAGCAGCAGUUCCCAAGGUUGCACCAGUUAACGUGAGUGGUGGUGGAGGAGCUCGAGGAGAACUUGUCAUCAUGUGGGAGCCAGUUCCAGAGGAACAGCAGAGCGGAGAGGACUUUGGCUAUGUCGUGGCUUUCCGCCCACUUGGCAGCAGCACCUGGAUCCAGACAGUGCUGGCAUCACCUGAUGCAUCGAGAUAUAUUUACAGAAAUGACAGCAUCGCACCUCUGUCCCAGUUUGAAGUGAAAGUAGGAGUCUACAACAGCAUUGGAGAGGGACCGUUCAGCCGUGUCGUGAAAGUGUUUUCUGCAGAGGAAGAGCCCACCGAGGCUCCAUCAAGAGUAUGGGCUCGUGCAGUGUCAGCCUCUGAGAUCGAGGUGUACUGGGAACCAAUUCCCCCUGGGUCCAGCAGUGAGAAGAUCAUUGCAUAUGAGGUUCUCUUCUGGGAGAAAGGAUCUCAGCAGAGUGAAGCAGAGAGAGUGAGGGUUAUCAACACCACAGCUCUGCUCUCUGGCUUGAAGGGCAGCACAGUCUAUCUGAUCUCAGUCAGAGCCCAAAACAGCGCUGGACUUGGACCGUGCAGCCCUGCUUUUAACAUCACCACCAAGAAACCUCCACCAAGUCAGCCCCCAGGGAAUAUUGAGUGGAACUUGACCAACUCUAAGAUCUCUCUAAAUUGGGAACAUGUCAAGGCGAUGGAAAAUGAGUCUGAGGUGACAGGAUACAAGGUUGUGUAUCGUCAGAACUGGCAUGGCAGGACUACUGUACUGGAAACCAAUAAGACCAAUGUGGAGCUGCAAAUCCCCUCUGGAGAGGACUACCUCAUUGAGAUCAAAGCUCUGACCGAGGGGGGUGAUGGCACCAGCAGUGGCCCCAUCCGCAUACCAAAGAUGUCCAGUCUAAACUCUAAAGGAAGCAUGUGUCCAGUUCCAAUGAAGAUGUGCUGUUUCAUGAUGAUUUUUUUUAUUUUCUAUUUUCAGUUUGUAGCUUAUGAUGCCUUUAUUUUUAGCUCUGGACAUUAGAAUGAACUUAGUUUAUGGGUCUAUUAUAUAUGGCAAAUUUGCGGAAUAAGCAGCUAACUAGAACAAUGUUUCUCAAUCACUGGUUUGUAACCCAAAAACGGGUGAUAGGACUGUUCUGACAGGUUGUCAAAUGUCCACAAAUCUGUGGUUGGACUGUUACUCACAGCACAGUUACAAAACAUUUUCAUCUGCCUAUUUUCAGGACCAUUGCAAUCCUUCAGGAUGCAUGUAUUUGAUAAACAUGGAAAGAUGAAUAUCUUAUCUUUCUUUGUGAAAUGAACCUGAGCACAUUCCCAUGUCAAAGUUUCCCCAUUCCAGUGUCUGUUUCCAACUAUUUUGCCUCAACUUAUUUCUUGGCUUGCUGUGACCUCUUUGAAUGUUACAGACCAAAAGGUACAAGUUUCACCGACUUUCCGUUCCCUAACAUGCUAUAUCAGAAGCUAUAUGGCUACAGGUUAGGCAACUUGGGAAAAACGUGUUCAGUCAAUCUCUAUUUACUGAGUUUUCCUCAUUUGUAUUUAAAGAAAAAUUACGGAAUAUUUUAAACUGGCAGAUUUCCGUUAUACAGUUUUGGGGAAACAAAGCCUCCUACAGUUUUCCAAAUAAACUGGAUUUUUACAUUAAUUAUUUCAAAUUCUUGUCUCUGAGUCCAGUUGAGGGUAAUCACAGAAGGUAGCCGCCUGGAAUGGCUAUUAUGGAUAACUGCAUACUAUGCAGUUAUCCAUAAUAGGUGGAUGGCGGAUGUGGUGGAUGGUGGAUGUAGAUACCUAUGCACUGCAUAGGUAUCUACAUCCUGGUCAAUAUGCUGGCUGGCCUAACUACCCUGCUGUUACAUGUUUAACUUGAUGUGACCACCAGUCACAAGAGGUCUCGCCAAAACCAUCAAAACAGACAAUCUUCAAGAUAAACAGUUUAAUACCAGUCUGUAAUCAUCCAUCAUCCACUGAAACCAAAACCUAAUGUUUUCUGUGUUGAUUUUAUGCAGGGAAACACUGGCUAAUUUUGCUAUGCUUCUUAAGCACUUAUCAAGAAACACUUGGGUAUGCUGCUUUAUAUGGAAACAAAUGCAAACCCAGUUGAGAAGAAUUCUUCAAAAGCUGCUUUGCCUUAUCAAGUUUAUAUUGUUCACUUCUGUUGUCAACCAGUCUUUAAAACAUACAGAUUGUAAUUACUUUUGCAUAAGGGCAAGCUUAUCAAACAUAGAAUGUAAAAUGUCGUUUAGAUAUCUUGUUUAUUUUAUUUGUGAAAGUAUGUUUUAUGUGAUUAUGUGUGAAAAAAAUUACUUCUUUGUAAUGAAGAGACUGGCAAAACGAUGGUGUACAAAUUAAAGGACUAAAGGACAAACUAAAAUCACCUACCAUACAAACUUAUGUUACCACCAAAAUUGAAGAUAAGUGAGUAGAAAAGCCUUCCUCUGUAAGAAUUGUUUUGUAUAUUUAACACGCCUUUUAUAUAUAAAAGGAAAACACUAGUAUGCACCAUACAGAAUGCUAAAAAAAUGUAUGAGAUCAUCAAAGAAGCAAAAUUUGUCUUUGGACAAUAUCCUUCCAGCAAUUUUAGGCCAUAUAACAAUUGAAUUAUCCCUUCAAAAGUGACAGAAAUUCAUAUUUUGGAGAUAUGUAGUCAGAAAUAGACAUAUUUCACUGAUGCAACAUAAUUUGGUUGGUUUUCAGUUAAGUGUCACCUUGAUACAAUGCUACAAAGGUAUAAGAGAAAAAGUUCACAAAAGUUAGUGAUGUUCAGUGACAAAAUGUAAAGACAUGCUAAUGUAAUAUUAUAAACUUCAGAUUUGUUUGCUAUGCACAUCUUUUAUUUUAAAUCGUUUGAUGCCUUUUUGUUAUUUUGUAGUUUCAACACAUCUGUGACUUUUUUAGGACAACACACAUUUGUCCUAAAGAGGAGACACAAGUGUUUAAGAGUGUAGAACUCUGUUUCACUCAUGCUUAUUUGUGUGCUUUAUUUUUUAUUUUAAAUUAAAUUAAGUGCUAUUCAUUUAUUAUAUAUCAUCAUUAUUUGAUUCUUAUAUGUAUUCAGUGUUUCACUGUUUGAAAUAUGUCAAUCCAAACCUCAGUGCUUUCUCAUAUAGAAGGGUUUGUUUUGUGCUGUUCCAUGACCUAAAACCUUAAAUCCCUUUACAUGUUCCUAUUUAAUGGUUGUACUUUCUGUUGAAAUAUUUGAUUAUGAUGUCUCAAAUUUGUCUUUAUGAAAUGUAUCCUGUUUCAUUUAUGAUUAACAAGCUUUCUUUAACUGAAUCUGCUAUUUAUUACUUUAGUAAUGUAAUACCAUUGUAUUAAUAUAAGAUAUCUCUGUGAGAUGACAAGAGAAUUCAAUAAAAA